AUGUUGUUGGAGUUGUCGUUGUCGAGCCUCAGGCACGUGAUUGACGGCGCCGGGUUCUUGCAGCUCUUCUUGAGCUUUGCCCCGAGCACCUCGGAAAGCGCGUGUGGGCCCGUUUUCGAGCUCGGGAGCUCGUUGCUCUCGUGGGGCCCGAUAAUUGGGACCGCGAAAUUCGUCUUCGCGUUUUGGCCGCUCAUUAGGACGGCCGCUUGGUCGUACGCCCUUGCCGCGGCUUCGGCCGUCUCGAAUAUGAGAGAAAAGGGUGUGUGCGUAUUAAAAGCUUUCACCUGUUUUGCUAUUUACUGA